CACAGCAGACUUUAAAAGUUUUAAAGAGAACUUCAGGGGUAAAGAUGCGUCAGGAGGUCGCCAGAAGAUUGCACAUGCAGCUCGUCCUCUGGACCGUACUCCUGCUCAGUUUGGGGGCAGGCUUCCCCACGAGACGCAAGACUUUUGCCCACAAAACCCAUGGCCACGCGGCUCAUGGCGGCGGAGUGCAGUACGUGUCGGAUGCUUUGGAGCAGCAGAAUCAGGUUCAGAGUCUUCUGCCCGAGCCUCACAGCCACCAGAGGAGGUGGUCUCACCACCAACACCGCUCCGUCGGGGUUCUCCCGCAGCCCCAACCCGAGGAGGAGACCAAGCCCUUCAUUCUGGACCUGAACAACUUUCCGGACCUGGCCAAUGCUGACAUUAACUCGCAGAACCCCAACAUACAAUGUGGCCACAUGGCAAAGAAGGACUCCGACGACUGGACACCGUGGUCUCCCUGCUCCGUCACCUGCGGACACGGCGAGAGGAAGAGGACCAAGUCCUGCGGCUACUCCUGCACCCUGACGGAGGCCUCCAAGUGUGACCUGGACCCGUGCCCAGGUGAUGUUAACGCUGUAGUGGAGCCUUUCCCCUUCGAGAUGGAGAAUGGCACCGAGCCUUUUGGAACAGAUGUAGACAGCUGUGAGAAAUGGCUCAAUUGUAAAAGCGACUUCCUGCAGAAGUACCUGCACCAGGUUCUGUCGGAGCUGCCGGGCUGCCCGUGCGCCUACCCGUCCGAGGCGGCGUACACGGUGGUCAGCGUCCACGACCAGGCCCGCGGCCGGCCCUUCCGCUGGCGCGACGCCAGCGGCCCCAAGGAGCGGCUGGACAUCUACAAGCCCUCGGCGCGCAGCUGCAUCCGCUCGGCGCUCUCCAGCGACUCGUCCACCCUGGCGGCGCAGCACUGCUGCUACGACGACCGCGGGCGGCUGAUCACGAGGGGCAAAGGCGCCGGCACGCCGAACCUGAUCAGCGCAGAGUUUUCGCACGAGCUGCACUUCAAAGUGGACGUGCUGCCGUGGAUCCUGUGCAAGGGGGACUGGAGCCGCUUCCACGCCGUGCGGCCGCCCAACAACGGACUGAGUUGCCCCGAAAACCCGCACGAAGACGUGUUCAUGAACGAACUGGAGGAGGCCAGGGAGUACUGAGGGGGCCGCAGCCAAAACUACCACUUUAAUGAGAGUCAGAGGGCCCAGUCCUAAUUUGAGAGGAGACAACCUACUUUAAAAUUCAUAAAAUAUCACUUACCGCACGCAACGUUUAUUAACAACACAUUAAAGACUCAGAAGAAAUUUACAAUUGGGAUUUUGGGGGUUUUCGCAUGAAUAAUGAUGAAGUCUGAUUGCCUCAAGUUAGGAUUGGGCACAUUGUCCAGCUAUCAAGCUUGACUUAUUUACAUAAAUGGACAAAAAAAAAAAGAAAACAGUUGUCCAAUUGCUUGCCGACCUCCUACACAUCUGGCAUCACACCAUACUCAUAUUCUUCAGUUCAGUACACUGUCCUGGGCGUCAGAGCCACGUCCACCCACCGGCUUCUUUUGUGGUGUCCUGUAGUGCUUGUGAUUAAAACAACAAAUGGUCUACAUCCUGAUCAUGUUUCGUGUUGGUUUCAAAAGGAGGAGGUAUUAUAAGAAUGCAGGCUGGUCAGCUUUUGAAGAAACAAACAGCUUGGGAGGGAAUCCGAAAGUCUUAACUUAUGCUGCUACAAUAUUCAAUCUCUGAGGCUUUACAAAGGAUUUAAUGGGAAGGGGGGACUUCAGUGGAUCCAAACAAUACCUGCAUGAAUACACUGUAAUGUACAUUUUCUGCCACUGCUCUCUCUCACGUUGCACGAAAACUGCAAUGCAUUUAGGAAUUUGUCAUCUCAACUAGAGAGCUGAAGCUAAAAAGGAUCUGAAACACUAAAGUGUCCUUGUCAAGCUUAUGAGAAUAGCAUUUGGGUGGUCGUACGCAGUGAUUUCAUGCAUUUCCUCACAUUAUUUCACAUCCAGGAUAAUUUACAGUAUGAUCUGGGUGCCAAAGAGAUAAAAUAAAAAUCUGACUGUUGGUGCCGGUUGGUGUAAAUCCAACCUUUAAGACUCUACAUCACAAACGUAGGGGGAGAAGAAGAAGUUCUGCAGUGAUUACAUUGGACGGAUGUGAGUCUACAAUGUUCUCAGGGGGACAAACACACCACGACAAACACAUUUGCUCAUUUACCUCGUCUGUGGAGCUCUUCAGGAUCCUGUGCAGAGUGUGUUAGGGGUGAAGUUUAGUGGACGUGUACUGGCUGUGUAAUCCAGAUGGGAACUGAUGAACAGAUUAUGCUUUAGUGCAGUGUCAGGAAGCAGUUGGAGCCCCUUAAAAAAAUAGUUGCCGUUAACGCACCGUGUGGUUGGAACAUGCUCAGGCUGUCUGCUUUGUGAUUUUUGGGUUUAUGCACAGAAUUUGACCCGAUAGAAAGGACAUUCCAUCUUAAAUAAAGUCUCGGCGGCCGGUACCCUGACUGACACAGGAAAUUAGUACUGGUCGCAGGAAUCAGUUGGCAUUACCAAAUAUUUCAGGCUUUUGCCAUUAUAUAUGGUGCAUUAGAUAAGAAAAGGCUGAUUUUUAACCUCUGUCAGGACAUAUUUUAGCUCUAGUUUUAUAAAACUCUGCAUGCAUAUCAACAAACAUCACGAUUAAAGCAGUUUAACAACAUUACAUACCUCCAGGAGUUGUCCUUUCCAUCCAUUCAGAUUCUUUGGGUAUUCGCCCUAAGCCUCUUUUCAGGAAUUCUGCAUCCAGAUGCAUAUACGCAUUUGAGUUUUGGAAACGCCAGUUUUAAAAAGGAAGGCACUUUAUUUUUCCCCAAUUGUUGAUAAAAGUGUUAUUGUGAAGGGAAGCUUGCCAGAAGUGCUGCAUUGUUGCAUGAAGGUGCAUAUACAUAUACAAGUGUAGAGAAAAGCAUGAUCUUUUUGUGAUUUCUUAAUUUAGUUUUACAUAUAUGGCAUUGUACAGUAUUUAUUUGUCUGUUUUCUUCUUCUUUUUUUUUUUUUUUUAAAGUUUGCUGAAUCUUUGAAAUGACUCUAUACUCAACUUGGUGCACUAAUCGGAUUGAAAAUGAAGGCAUCGUCAACAAAGGGAAACCUCUUGCCUCAUAUCACUUCAUUAAGCAAAAGCAGGCGUCUGUGUUUCAUUCUGUGUUGAACUGCAGUGCUCUAUGAAUAUGUUGUUGCAAUUAUACUGAAGAAAUAUAUGAUUAUUAAUAAUAUUAUUAAAUAUAUAUAAAUAUAUAUAUAUAUA